AUGCUGUCACCAGUUCCCCCUUCUAGUCACAAGUCAUACAGCUCUCUGGAACACAAGCAGCGAGCAGACAUGGGAUCUGUGGCAGCCGUCAUGAAUCUGCUCCUAUGUGCAGUGCUGCUCGUCUCAGGCACGAACACGGAGCUCAUUUUGGUGCCUUCCAUCGUGAACGGGACCAAGGGCCAGCCACUCUAUGUAGCAGUGGAGAAUAAUUUCACUGAAGAAAGAGUUCAGUUCCAGGGCACCUGGUUUCAGAUCAGCCCCGAACACAAUCAUCUGGUCACCUUCGAUAACAACAGAGUGAUCCACAGCAUGCUCCUGAAGGACACAGUGGAGCGCAUCACUCCGCCCAACAUCUCUCUGCACUUUACGUGCUUGGAUGAAGCAGAUGAGGGAGACUAUCAGCUAAAGAUCAAUAUUAUUCACACUGGUCAAAAUAAAUCAGAGACUGUUACCAAGACUGUGAAGAUUACAGUGAACGUUCCUCUUUCCAUCCCUGUGGUUGAGAAAAGCUACAACGGCACACUUUUGGAAGACCAGGACAACAUCACUCUGACCUGCCUAGUGGAGAACGGGACUAAGCCCGAGUAUAAGUGGUUUAAAAACAACCGGACGGUCAAGGCAAGCGAGCGUCAUGUGUUCUUGCAAAAUAACAGGGUCCUGUUCAUUAGCCCAGUAAAGAAGGAGGAUAUCGGUGCAUACAACUGCUCCGUCAGCAACCCCAUCAGUCAUUUCCAGGGUAAACCCAUGGAUCUCAGUGUGUACUAUGGCCCCUACAACCUGGAAGUGAACUGUGAGCAGGGUCUAAAGACUGGCACGGUGUUCACUGUAAAUAAGGGUGAGAUGGUGUUUUUCGACUGCCUGGCCGACUCGAACCCUCCCAACACCUGUGUGUGGAUUUCCAGAGACGACAACGGCACAGAAGUGCUCAUGACCGGCCCUCGUUUCGAGGUGGCGUCUCACACUCUGGGCCACGCCACGAACUUCUUGUGCAGGGCUUUUAACAACGUAACCAAUAAACAGGAUGAGACUCAAUUCACGCUUGUGGUGGCUAAUCUCGGAAAAGGUAAAGAAAAUCUUGUUCAGGAGGAAACUGCCCUGUCCACUUUAACCGUCAUCGCAGUCUUUUCAUUAAUCAUUAUUGUCUGCAUGGUGAUUGUGCUCUUCAAGAAGUCCUGCCAUCCAAAAAAAGUGUUCAUGAAAGUCUACAGCAGGCCUAUCCCAGAACAGAAAAGUCUACAUCGUUCAGGCCAUGAGGAUGCCACUGAAGAUUUUGGUAUCUAUGAGUUUGUUUCCAUACCUGGAAAAAUGGAGUCCAGACAGGCAUCCUGCAGAUCUCUGACACGGCUCGAUUCAGCCAGAGAUUUGCAUACCAUCUAUGAUGUCAUCAAGCACGUCCCUGAAGCUUCAACCCUGAGUCUGCUGAAGUGAGCAACAAUGGAAACAAGCAGGAUUUAGGAAAGAAGUGUUUUUUGCAAAAACAUUUUUUUUAACAACAAAAAAAAAAAAGCACUGGCGAUGCUGGUCAAUGCCAUCUUUCUUUAUUUCUUCUUAGCGUCACUUGAAUAUCAUUUUACUCUUUAAACAUUUUAUAAGACCCGUAACGAAUGGGAAUCAUAAUUUUUUAAAGGUGAUUUUCGUUAUUUAUUUACAACAUAUUUCACCAGGGUCUACAGUUUUGUACAUAGCUUUUCUUGGUUUUGUUACCGUUACUUUCUUGUCACUGACGUUCAGCUUUAGUUGUAUUACAGGAUAUCUAAAAAGCUUUACAAUUUAUGAUGUGAUUUCGGUAUCUGUUCAUACGUUACCGUCUUAAUUGAUACCUAAGAGUAUUUAUAUAUUUAUAUACGGCAAUAUCAAAUGCAGACUAGCCACUGCUCCAUCUGUCAUGCAUGUAAAUGUGUGAAAGUUUCUUAAUCUAAUACUGUAUUUUUUUUUGCACAUGACAUACAUUGUCAUAGAAUUCAAAUAUGCUCUGUAUAUUAGAUUGCAGAUGCAAUUUGUUGCAAAUAUUCACAGCGUUUAAGAAAAAAAAAGCUCUUUAUUUUGACAAUAAAGAUUUA